AUGCGAUUCUCCAAGUGGUUGAGAGGUGGCCAGGGUGACCAGCCCGUGGUACGUCCUAACCACAGCCUCCUGCCCAUGCUGCAUCUCGCCGACACCACGCGGAAUAACUUCAUUGCUGUGGUCGGCGAGUUUGUGGGCACCUUUCUGUUCCUGUUUUUCUCUUUCGCAGGCACCCAGGUCGCCAAUACCCCCAAGCCAGCGGAUGGAGCUCCUCCCAACACCUCGAACCUGCUCUAUGCGUCGCUGUCGUUCGGCUUCUCGCUCAUGGUCAAUGUUUGGGCUUUCUACCGCGUCACCGGAGGGCUCUUCAACCCCGCGGUGACUCUGGCUCUCUGCUUGGUCGGGGGAAUGCCUCCUAUUCGGGGCCUGCUUGUCUUCGGAACACAGCUCGUGGCAGGCAUCGCAUCUGCCGGGGUUGUCAGCGCUCUGUUUCCUGGUCCUCUGAACGUUGCAACGCGUCUGGGGGGUGGAGCGUCCAUCUCCCAGGGUCUCUUCAUCGAGAUGUUCCUGACCGCGCAGCUCGUACUCGUAAUCAUCAUGUUGGCUGUAGUCAAGCAUAAAUCCACUUUCUUAGCCCCGGUCGGAAUCGGCUUAGUCUUCUUUGUUGCAGAAUUAAUCGGAGACUACUAUACCGGUGGCUCGCUGAACCCAGCCCGCUCGCUCGGCCCCGAUGUGAUCAAUCGCAGCUUCCCCGGGUACCAUUGGAUCUACUGGGUUGGGCCUUUACUCGGAUCGCUGCUGGCAUGUGGCUUCUACGGGUUCCUGACGCUUUUCUCGUACGAGUCGGUGAAUCCUGGCCAGGACUUCAACGAGUGGGAGGCCAAGAUGGGCCCCGGUUCCUGGGAUGCGUCGAUGCAUCAGCGCCCGUCCGCGAAUUUCUCCGACACCAGCACUCUAGACCGGUCGCAUUCUCCUAGCGGCGGGCGUCGUGCGAACGGGACUCCCACCAACCACCACCAAUCCAACGUCCCCGGCGCAGGAACCAGAGGAGGUGGGCUUGAGACUAGCCACCGGACUGAUUAUCAUUAUCCGCAGCCAGCCCGGGGCGCGGAUCAGGUGUAA